AUGCCAAAAGUAAAAAAAGGAAAAGCAAUACCCCCCCCCAUGUCAAAAAAUGCUACAAGAGUUCUGAACUUAAUAAUGGCUAUAGGGUUUAUAUCUGCAAUACCUCAAAUAUUAACAACUUUUAUGACCAGUUGGAGAGAAGGGGAACCAAUUGAAUAUAAAUAUAUGUUUAGGGGUAGUGAACAUUCUUUAUAUGUUGAUUAUACAUAUUAUGGAUUAUAUAAAGUAAUAUAUGAUGAUAGGCAUGUUGAAACAUGGACACAGCGAGUUCAAAAUAUGAGAAAUAAAGGUAGUGAAAGUAUACAAGUAGGAAGAAAUAGUGAAGCAAGUGGAUCACUAUCUUUAUGGACAUCGGCAUGUCAAGAACCAUGUAGAAAUUCAAUAAUAAAACGUAUAGAAGCAUAUGAAAGAGUAUCAUUUAUUUCAUUGGUUUUAUUAUGUGGUAUUGUUUUAGCAUGUUCUCUUAUUGUUAUGUCUGUAGGAUGGAAUAUAUUAUUUACAAAAAAUAUUCUAAUAUCAAUGGGAUGUUUUAUGUUAUCUUUUAUUAUUAAUGGUGGAAUAGGAACAUAUUGGUAUUAUGAAACAGAUUUAUCAUGGAACUUAGUGACAAAAUCUCAGCAAUUUCCAUUUCCAAAAUGUUCAUAUAGUUUUUAUAUUUUUAUGAUAACAACUUGUAUAUAUGGUUUAUGUUUUAUUGGAUUAUUAUUAUUAGAUUUAUCAAAUAAAAAUUCACAAAAAAAAUCAUAUCUUAAUCAUGGAAAUAAUAGAAAUAUGAUGUUUGAAGAAGGAAAAGGUAUGGCCUAUCAACCAUUAUAUGAUCAAAAUAAUAUGAUGAUGCCAAGAAGUGCUAGUUAUUCAAAUAUGAUGCAUUUUGGAAAAGGAAUUGAUAAUUAUUCUCCUAAUUUUAUUCCAUAUAAUAACAACAAAAUGAGUAUGAACAACCCUAUGGGUAUGAAUAUGAUGGGAAGUAAUGUUGGAGGCUAUCCAGGGUUUAGAAAUAUGCCAUCAGGAAUGGGAAAUACAAAUAUGAUGAUGUCUAAUCAAAAUAUGAAUCCAAUGUUUUUACCACAAAUGUCAAGACAAUUUUCUUAUUCAAGUUCCCCCUCAAUGGGAAAUUUUGGAAUGAUGAAUUUUCAAAAUAGAAAUAUUCAGGAUAUGCGAAAUAUCCCUAACCAAAGAGGGUAUUCACGCAUGAGCUUUGAUAUUAAUAAUCCGUAUGGCUCGCAAAAGCAGCACAUGUUCUGA